AUGGCCCCUCCGAAAAUUCCCCCAGAAAAUAUUGAUAAUGUCCUGUAUCACAUUCUACCUCGAAUCAAACAACAUAAAGCUGCACAAUCGACAAAUCCGACCAAGCAUCCCUUCGUCCUCGCCCUGACAGGCCUCCAGGGCAGCGGCAAGUCCACCUGGACCGAUGCUCUCGCUAGCACUCUCCGCAACAAGCACAAUUACCAAACGAUAAACAUCUCUUUGGACGAUCUAUACCUUGACCAUGACGAUCUAGUCACGCUUAGAAAGACCAACUCACGCAAUAAACUUCUUCAAACGCGAGGACAACCCGGAACGCACGACAAAGCCUUAUCGGUAUCAUUUUUCAGAAGUCUGAACUCAUCGGAAAUAUUGCUUCCAUCUUUUGAUAAGCGUUUGUUUAACGGAGAAGGAGGGAGAGUAUCAUCACAGCAAUGGGAACGCGUCCCCGCCGGCGACAUUGAUGUUGUGAUUUUUGAAGGGUGGUGUGUUGGAUUCCUGCCUCUCGCUGAAGAUCAGGUUCGAAUGCGGUGGAACAAAGCCGGGAAAUCUGCGAGUGAUUCGAUGUUUCCUACAGCUACCCUGAAGGAACAUGUGCUUGAGCAUCUCUUGGAGGUGAAUGAGAAUCUUCGACAAUACUGUGAACUAUUCAUGGGGCCUAAGCAUUUUGAUUACCUGGUUCAUCUGGAUACGAAUGAUCUGGUUAAUGUCUAUCAGUGGCGUGUUCAGCAGGAACAUGCUCUUUGGAAUCGAAAAGCCAGAGGUAUGACUGAUGAAGAGGUUGUGGAGUUUGUGAAAGGCUAUAUGCCGGCUUAUGAGCUAUAUCUGGACCGAUUGCGAGAGGGAAUAUUUUCCGAAGAGGGAAAAGGGCAGCUGCGAGUUGUUUUGGAUCAAGAAAGGGAAAUAAUUGCGGUUGAAGAUGUUUCGUCAAAGUGCCAGCGGAGUUGA